UGGCAUAUGAGAUGAGCCCCCAUAACUAGCCUCGCGUCGUCACUCACCCAGUCAGUGUCUCACACCUCCUCUUCCUGCACUGCUUUAUUAACAAAACCCACCGCUUUAAAGGACACCGCGCUACUUCUACUACUCUCUGCUUUCUCUCUCUAAAAAGACAAAUUAGUUGUAGACAAAGCUCUGUUUAGCUACUUCAGGUAGCUCCGUCAACAGCGUCUCUGAGCCCUUUGAUGAUUUAUCAGAAAACCUCACAUCGCAUAAAGCAAAUCUCUCAAGUCUCAAUACAGACACAUAUGCAGAUUGAUCGCCAUUGACGACCUAUUUGGAGCUUUCUCUUUGGAUCAUUUCCAGAUCUAAUUUAUUACACAAACACCUCUCUCUCCGUCUUUUUGGACUCACCUCCUUGGACCUAAGUGGUGGAAAAGAAAAAAGAGAAAAAAGAAACCAUCCACCAAAUCUGAUUCAAUUAAUAAAAUCUCUCUUCGAGUUCUCUCUCAUUUGUUUGCGAAAAAUAAUCGUUCAUUAAAGUACUUCUUGUAGCCUUCUCUUUGUCACCCUUUAAUAAUCUACAGAUUUCGCCCCAAUUUUCUCAGAAAAUCUUCGAGAAUCGAGCUUUCUAGUUUCUACAUCAUAAACUAUUCUUGAAAUUCCUACAGUUUAUUAUAAAAUGCAGAGACUCGUUUUCUCAAUUUUGCUGUGCUUUGUGGUCACUGUGCCGUUUCUGAACUCACUGGCUCUUGCCGAAGUGGUAACAUGCUCUGGGAUGGUGCCGAUGAAGUAUCGGAACGAUAAGAUUUCGGUAACGGACUUCGGUGCUGUCGGUGAUGGGCGGACUUUGAACACGAAAGCGUUCCAGGAGGCAAUAUAUCGAAUUGAGCAUCUGAGGAGGAGUGGAGGUACGCUCCUCUACAUACCUCCUGGGGUGUACUUAACGGAGAGCUUCAACCUUACAAGCCACAUGACUCUCUACUUGGCUAGGGGUGCUGUUAUCAGAGCUACUAAGGAUACGAAAAAUUGGCCUUUAAUUGCUCCCUUGCCUUCUUAUGGAAGAGGGAGGGAGCGUCCUGGAGGAAGGUAUAUGAGCUUUAUCCAUGGAGAUGGACUUCACGAUGUGAUCAUCACUGGUGAGAAUGGGACCAUUGAUGGCCAAGGAGAGGUCUGGUGGAACAUGUGGAGGCAGAGAACCCUUCAAUUCACCAGACCAAAUCUUAUUGAAUUGAUGAACUCCAGAAGCAUUAUCAUUUCCAAUGUCAUUUUCAAGAACUCCCCCUUUUGGAAUAUUCACCCCGUAUAUUGUAGCAAUGUUGUCAUUCGAUAUGUCACCAUAUUGGCUCCACCUGACUCUCCCAACACAGAUGGAAUUGAUCCAGAUUCAAGCACCCAUGUCUGCAUUGAGGACUCGUACAUUUCUACGGGGGAUGACCUCGUGGCUGUGAAGAGUGGGUGGGAUGAGUAUGGGAUUGCUUAUGGACGGCCUAGCCAUGGCAUCACAAUCCGGCGAAUAACAGGAUCAUCCCCAUUUGCUGGAAUUGCAGUUGGAAGUGAAACAUCUGGUGGAGUACAAGACGUAUUGGCCGAGCACAUAAGCCUCUUCAACAUGGGAGUUGGCAUCCAUUUGAAGACAAACAUUGGCAGGGGAGGUUUCAUUAGAAAUAUUACAGUGUCGAAUGUAUACAUGGAAAACGUGCGGAAAGGGAUAAAGAUUGCAGGUGAUGUUGGGGACCAUCCUGAUGACAAAUUCAACCCAAAUGCUCUCCCAGUAGUUAAGGGAGUCACAAUUAAAAACGUCUGGGGUGAGAAGGUCCAACAGCCAGGUUCAAUACAGGGCUUGAAGAACUCACCUUUUACUGGCAUCUGUCUCUCUAAUAUCAACCUUCAUGGCGCAACAAGACCAAAAACAGCAGCAGCUCCUUGGAAAUGCUCUGACGUGAGUGGGACUGCUCUUUUGGUUAGCCCGUGGCCGUGUUCAGAACUGGCAAACACUCAUACCACCGGUGAAUGUUCCAAUACCUUCUAAGACUAGUACACAAAAUUUUCAAUUCUGUCCAAGCAAUCAAUAAAUUCUGAGGUUUUUAAUUAUUCAAUGAAAAAUGUGAUAUCUUUUGUGUUA